AUGCCUUGGAGUCUGGCGCGGAGGCUGUGGGGGGGCGGCGGCCCCGGGGGGAGGGCCUGGCCCGCGUGGCCCCCCGGUCGCCCCGGCGGCGGCGGCGGCGGCGGGAGGAAGAGGGAGGAAGCCACGGAGCCUCCAACGCCUCUCCACGUGCCGUGCCAGGAAAGGUCUUCGUUAUGGGGAGCAAAUCCUCGCCACCCCACCAGUCCUUCAGGAUGGCCCGUUGGCCCUUCAGGAGCCCAGCUUCUUCCCAUCGGUGCAGGGGGAGCGAGGCUCUUGAGAGCCCCCACAUUUGGGCACCCCCAUCUGGUCCAUCAGACUGCAUCGCUCAGAGGCCUUACGGUGGAGGACAUCCAGAAAGCGAGGGAACAUCGGCCAAAAAAAGACCAGGAGAGCUUGGGCAAAACGAGGCAGAAGCUUAGCGAGAGAGCCCGAGAGCGGAAGGUGCCAGUGACCCGCAUUGGACGGCUUGCAAAUUUUGGAGGUUUGGCCGUGGGUCUGGGGCUUGGAGCCUUGGCGGAAGUGGCGAGGAACUCCCUUAACGGGGAGCAGAAGCCCAAAGAAGACAGCUUGCUGCUGGAGUCCAACCCCUUCCUGUCGGAGGCCAACACAGAGCGGCUUGUGGACACCCUCUGCAAGUUGCGUGGGGCGGCCCUCAAGAUCGGCCAGAUGCUUAGCAUCCAAGACAACAGCUUCAUCAGCCCCCAGCUGCAGCGGAUCUUUGAGCGCGUCCGCCAGAGCGCAGACUUCAUGCCGCCCUCUCAGAUGAAGGAGGUCCUGGUGGAAGAGCUGGGCUCUGACUGGCGGGAUAAAGUGGCCUCCUUCGAGGAAACGCCCUUUGCAGCCGCCUCCAUCGGCCAGGUGCACCUCGGGGUGCUGAAGGACGGGACGGAGGUGGCGAUGAAGAUCCAGUACCCUGGGAUCGCGCAGAGUAUCCAGAGCGAUGUGGACAAUCUUCUCUCAUUGCUCAAGAUGAGUGUGAUGGUUCCAGAAGGCCUCUUUGCAGACAACACCCUGCAGGUGCUGCGGAAGGAGCUGGAGUGGGAGUGCGACUAUCAGCGGGAGGCCGACUGCGCCCGGAGGUUCCGGCGGCUUCUGGCAGGAGACCCGUUCUUUGAGGUGCCGGAGGUGGUGGGCGAGCUGUCCACCAGGCGGGUCUUGGUGGUGGAGCUGGUGGGCGGCGUCCCCCUGGACCAGUGCCAGGCGCUCGACCAGGAGACUCGCAACGAGAUCUGCUCACACAUCCUCCGCCUUUGCCUCCGGGAGCUCUUUGAAUUCCGCUUCAUGCAAACUGAUCCAAACUGGUCUAAUUUUUUCUACGAUGCCGAGAGACACAAGGUCACCCUGCUGGACUUUGGGGCCAGCCGAGGCUACAGCAAGGAGUUCACCGACCAUUACAUCGAGGUGGUGAGAGCGGCCGCUGACGGCGACCGGGCCAAAGUGCUGCAGAAGUCCAAAGACCUGAAGUUCAUCACAGGAUUCGAGACCAAGGUGUUUGAGGAGGCACACGUGAACGCGGUGAUGAUCCUGGGGGAGGCCUUCUCCACGCCGGGCCUCUUCGACUUUGGGGCCCAGAACACGACCCAAAGCAUCCAGGACCUCGUCCCUGUGAUGCUGAAGCACCGGCUGAGCCCGCCACCGGAGGAGUGCUACUCGCUGCACCGCAAGAUGGCCGGCUCCUUCCUCAUCUGCACCCGCCUGGGAGCCGCCAUCCCCUGCCGGGAGAUCUUCGAGAAGGCCUACGCCCAGUACGCGGCGCGAGAGGCGAGCGGCGCCUAGAGCGAGGGGGCGGCGGUGCGUCCGUGCGGGGUGACUCUUGAGCAGACCAAACGGCUCCGGGAGCAAGAUCCGUCCUAUCGUCCUGGCAGUCGGCUGAGCUGGUCCCUAGACUGGGGGGGGGGGGGCGCCCUUCUGGAUCGUGGGGCAAGAUCUCCCCACGAAGCUCCGCUUUGAGCCAGCCACUGACUUGCCCAAAGCCUUGGCCGUGGCCUGCCUCUGCCCCCCUGACACGGCCACCUUCUGCUUCUGCCCUUGGGAGCCACUGGAACCUCCUUGUGGUGCGGCAGAUGGCCAUGCCAGAAGGCUCCCCUGCGCUCGUGCCUGUUCCCUGCAGGCUGGGUGCUCUUACGUUCCCCCUGCCUCUAGCCACUGGGCCACGGAUGCUGCCGCCACUCCAGGGGGAAAGUCCGGGGCCCCACCGGCGUGGGCCAGCCCUGCUGCUGAUAGGAGCCGCUCCCACGCCAGUCCCAGUGGGCCAGGCUUUCUCGUGCUGCUGCCGCCACAAGCCUUUGCCUCUGUGGGAGAGAGGAUGUGCUGAGGAUGUAGGGCAGCUGAGGCUGUGACCUUGGCGGCCGCCGUGGGCCACAGUGGAAGGGGAGGAGCUUAGCAGCUCACGUUGGGGGACACUCGUUCUCACGCAAAAGGCUGAGGACGAUUUGGGGGCUGCUGGUGGCACUGGGGAAAGAGGGCUGCCCCACCGUUGCUGGCACCGCUCCCAAGGCGGCCGCCCCUCCGAGGUUCCUGAUGCCUUGCAUCUGUGGCCUUUGCAGCGCGGAGCCCGGGGAGCUGCAGCCAGCUCUGGGUCUGGGCUCAGGGCUCCUCGAGGAAGCGACGCCCCCUCCCUUCCCUCUUCUUUCUUUUUUAAACCUCACUGCAGCUAUAAAUUUGUGGGGUGAUGGAGAGCCAGAUCGACCCUUGAAUGUUGUAGGGGGGAAUGAGAGAGAGAGAUUCCGCAGCGGAGGGAUCCGUCUCUCCUAACAGCAGUCGGAGCAAGGAGCCUUGAGGCUGAUGUGGCUGGCAGAGUGUGCGUGUGCGCGCCCAUUGCAGCCAUUGAUUUCUAAAGUGGUGUGUUUGUGUGUGUGUGUGUGUGUGUGUACAACGUGGAACAACGGAGCACUGAUGGGGGAAGUGGAGCAGCAGCUCGGACUCUUUCUGUGGUGGUGGGGGGAGGCUGCCCUGGACGUGGAACGGUGCUUGAAUUCCCUCUAUUAAAGGAACCCUAACCCCA